UGUCCCCUUCAUCCCCCUCUGGCAAGGACAGAGUCCAGCAUCUUCAGCUGCCCCCAAAGCACUGCCAUUGGCUAUGGGGGUGCCCCUGCAAAGGCCUGGGUUUAGGGGCUACUACCAUUCAGACCCAACCUUCUUUGAACCCUAGGCUGGCUGGGAGGCUUCUCCUGCUUUUAGCCCAGAGCCAGGCUGCAGGGGGCCCUGGUGGAACAGUGGUUCCCAGUCCCAGCCCCUCAUCCAGCCCCUCUCUGAGGAGGAGGCAGGCAGCUGGGGCUCUGCAGCCAGAGCUUUUCAGCCUGGAGCUCUGGAGCCAGAUGUAACAUUGACCUUAAAUGGUAAAAGCUCCCCAGAGUGAAGAGAGGCUGGCCGGGGAGGAAAGGGGAAUAACUCAGUUUUAGGUAAGUCAUCGCUAUUGCCUAGAAUAACCUGUCUCUUCAGCCCGAGGGAAGCAGAGAGGCGCCUUCUCCUCCUUAAAGGAAAUCAAGAAGGAAGAAAAAGCAGCCAUCACACCAGCACUGUGGAUUUGGGGCUUCAGGUGACAGCCCAGGUCUGUCUCACAUGAUAGACCUUUGGACCUGGCACCCAAGCAGAGCCUGCGGAGCCCAAGCCUAUUGGAGCAUCUUUGGGGUUGGCACAGCAGAGGUUCCAGGCACGCACAGCCACUCCGACCAGGAGGCUGCCAUGCCCCACAUUCCUGAGGAUGAGGAGCCCCCUGGAGAGCCACAGGCAGCCCAGACCCAAGACUCUCCCUCUGCAGGACCAUUUCACAGCCCUCCCACAAUCAUCCUGACGGGGGAAAGCAGUUCACCUGAAGGAGAGACUGACAAAAACCUGGUCAACAGGGCUCCCAGCCCUCACCGGAGACUUUCCCACAGACAUCUGAAGGUCUCCACUGCUUCGCUGACGUCUGUGGACCCCACGGGGCAUGUCAUUGACCUGGUAAAUGACCAGCUGCCAGACAUCAGCAUCUCAGAAGAGGACAAGAAGAAAAACCUGGCACUUCUGGAAGAAGCCAAGUUGGUGAGUGAGCGGUUCCUGACCCGCCGCGGGAGGAAGUCAAGGAGCAGCCUCGGAGACUCCCCAUCAGCUGUUUCUCCAAACCUCAGCUCUGGAGCUUCUCCCGCAUCCUCCAGGAGCUGCUCCCUCACCAUCUCUACACCACCAGGUUUGGACAUAUGCAGUGGCCCACAGUCCCCUCUGCCGGGAGCACCACCACAGCAAAAGGGGCAUGAGGACGGCAUCUCCUCGCCUCGCCUUGAAGAGCCUAAUGUCUCCAAAGGGCUAGCUGACCGGAAGCAAAAUGACCAGAGGAAAGUGUCUCAAGGCAGACUGGCUCCUCGCUCUCCCACAGUGGAGAAAUCCAAAGAACUUACAGUAGAACAAAAGGAAAACUUUGAUCCCCUUCAGCACGUGGAGGCCACGCCCAUGGCUCAGGCUUCUGGAGCGAGCAUCAGUGGGAAAAUGGCGCUGAACAGCCCCCAGCCUGGCCCUGCUGAGACGGAGCUGGGGAGGCAGCUUCUGAAGACAACCAGGGAAGGCAACCCUCUGCCCAGAACCACAGUCCAGGACUCAGGAGGAUCGGUCUCCUCACAUUCCCAGGGACAGAGCUCUGCUGGAGAGCCUAUGGGGCCCAAGACUGGCUCCAAGGCUGAGCUGAGGCCCCCUGUGUCCCGGCCCCCGCUGAUUCGGGGGGUUUCCUGGGACAGCAGCCCUGAAGAACCCGGUCCCCUGCUGCAAAAGGUGCUCGCUAAGCUGCCUCUGGCAGAGGAAGAGAAGCGGUUUCCAGGCAAAGCCAAGCCAGCCAAGCCACCUGGGCUCAAAGACUUUCAGAUACAAGUACAGCCAGUGCGCAUGCAGAAGCUGACCAAGCUCCGGGAGGAACACAUCCUGAUGAGAAACCAGAACCUGGUGGGGUUCAAACUCCCCGAACUGAGUGAAGCUGCGGAGCAGGACAAAGGGGUCUCAUCUGAACAUGCCCCAGCAGCUGAGGAAGACGAAUCAAAGAGUGGUCUGGAUGUGAUGCCCAACAUUUCUGACAUAUUGCUGCGCAAACUUAGGGUUCACAAGUCACUUACUGGAAGUGCCCCUCCACUCACUGAAAAGGAAGUUGAGAACGUGUUUGUACAACUGUCCUUGGCCUUUAGAAAUGACAGCUACACCUUGGAGUCUAGAAUUAACCAGGCUGAAAGGGAACGCAACUUGACGGAGGAGAACACUGAGAAGGAACUGGAAAACUUCAAAGCCUCCAUUACGUCCUCAGCAAACAUCUGGUACCACUGCGAACACCGGGAGACCUAUCAGAAGCUUCUGGAAGACAUUGCCGUCUUGCAUCGUCUGGCUGCCCGCCUCUCCAGCCGGGCUGAAGUGGUGGGUGCUGUACGUCAGGAAAAGCGCAUGUCAAAGGCCACGGAAGUGAUGAUGCAGUAUGUGGAGAAUCUGAAGAGAACGUAUGAGAAGGACCAUGCUGAGCUCAUGGAAUUUAAGAAACUCGCAAAUCAGAAUUCCAGUCGCAGCUGUGGGCCCUCUGAAGACGGGGUUCCUCGCACGACUCGAUCUAUGUCCCUCACGAUGGGAAAGAACAUGCCCCGCCGGAGGGUCAGCGUUGCUGUGGUUCCCAAGUUUAAUGCCCUGAACCUGCCUGGCCAAGCCCCGAGCUCUUCAUCCAUGCCCUCCCUCCCAGCUCUGUCUGAAUCGACCAACGGGAGAAGCAGCAUCUCUGUCUCCCCAGCACUGCCUGCACUUUUGGAAAAUGGAAAGACAAAUGCAGAGGCUAACUGUGAAGUGUGUGCCCCUGUGCCACUCCCGAGCUGCCUGGAGGAGACGAGCCAGGAGGCCAAGGCCAGGGCUGAGGAAGAAGUCUACAACAAAGGAUCCCAGGAAGGGGUAAAGAAGACUGAAGAUCUUCAAGACCUGAAGGAGGAAGAGGAAGAAGAACAGAAGACAGAGAGUCCUGAGGAGCCAGAAGAGGUAGAAGAAACCCAGGAGGAUGAGAAGGACCAGAGAAGCAGCAAACUUGAAGAACUGGUCCACUUCUUACAAGUCAUGUAUCCUAAACUGUGUCAACACUGGCAAGUGAUCUGGAUGAUGGCUGCAGUGAUGCUGGUCUUGAGUAUUGUGUUUGGGCUCUACAGUUCCUAUAACUCCUGCACAGAGCAAGCUGAUGGGCCCCCUGGGAGAUCCACCUGCUCCGCAGCCCAGCGGGACUCCUGGUGGAGCUCUGGACUUCAGCAAGAGCUGCCAGCAGAGCAGUAGGACAUUGGACUCCUCAGCCAUGCCCUGCUCUAGUGCAUUCACCCCAACACCUUGCCCCUAAGGACAGUGUGUCAGACCUGGUUUGCACAUGUGGCCACCCAUCCCAUUGGGGAACAAGGAGGCUCUCUCCUGUCACUCAUGGAAGCUACUCACAACAACCUGAUGCUUUGAAGGGAUCAACAAAAGAUCAAAUCAUGCUCUGGGAAAGUGUCUGAUUGACAAAGAAGCUACCUUCAUUAAGGACUCUAGCCCAAGGGAAGAGUUCUGCCCCUGGCUUAGAUGGAUUGGGAGAACUGAAACCCCUUCCUUCAGGGGAAACUGAGAAGCAAGCUUGCUUUCCCCCUUUUCCUCCCUGUUUCAUGGUCAGUAAGAAUUGUGCCUAGCGGCCAGGACUGCCCAUAAGGCUCAGACUUGGAGUCACAACACAGAUAUUGUCCAACUUCCCACUUCAUGUAUCACAACCAUUCUUUCGCUUUCUCUCUCCCUUUCAGAAUCACCAUAUCUUUUCAGAGAGUGGGAAAGCUUUCUCAUAAAAAUACACAGGCUAAAAGUAGCCCAGUGCUAGAAAGGAAACAGGAAGAUGUGAAUCAAUAUGUAACAAAUCUGUAUACAUAUGGACAAUUUACACAUUUGUGCACAAAGACACUCACUCUCUGGAAGUGUGCUCUGCUCAGUGGCACCCAUGUCAUGCCAACCAACUGGUUUUCACUAGGUAUAGAGUAGUGGUCACCAGGCACCAACACUGUGAGCCCUCCACACACUCCGAAAAUGUUUGAAUCCCCUGAGAAAUCAUGUCUUUGUUCCACUUUAGAGGCCAGGUUGGAGCUGCUGUUUGGCACAGUCUGUUCCCUGGUUGCUUGCUCCAUUUGAAAGUGGUCCUACACAGCUAACCCACCUCUUCGGUAAGAAAAGGUGUGCCUUCCACUUCUGACUCUCACUCUACCUAGCACCUCAGGACUACAGUGUUCAUGAUAUUUCCAACCCCAAUGUGUCCUUCCAAGGAUCUGUUCAGCAUCAAACUGAAGGCAGUGCAUCCUUCUCCAGUAUGGCGGCUCUCCACACUGGUUGGUGAUUUCCUUCAUUCAGCUCACUUCAGUUGGAGAUGGGGCUUCUCUUGUGGUUGCUUUACUGUUUUGUUGCUGUCAUUCAUGUAGAACGUAUUGUGAGCCAAAAACUAUCUGUAUUAUAUAGGCAGUAAUUCAUCAAGAAAAGCAAAAUUUGAAAGUUAUCACUCUUUCCAUGUUCAAAUAAGGAAACAGAAGCAUAAAUGAUACAAGAGUGCACACACACACACACACACACACACACACACGUGAGUGCACACAGUGCAUAUGCACACAUACAAUGAUUCAACUUGUCAAGCAUAUAUAGCUAGUAAGUCAUUCAAACUAUAGUGGUCUGUCUCCAGGGACUGCACUCCUGACCCUUCACCUGUGGGUGCCUUCUCCAGUUGGGGGCCUUCCAGUCUGAUCCACACCCUCCGCUGGCCCAUCAGCUGCUCCUAGCCAGCCAUGGUUCACAAAUGACAUUGUGUCUCCCAUUGUCCUCUAACUAGGAAGCAUCUUUGCUGCCUUUGUUCUCUUUCUCGCCGCUCUUGAGGACCAAGCAUAAACAGUAUCCCUUGGUACACGCCUCCCUGAACUCCUUCCACACUCUUACAUACCCAACCUAGUGGGCGGCACCCUGCUUAGUGCUUCUGGCACUUGUUAAAUUUUAAUCAUUGAACUGUAUCUACUGUCUAACUUAUUUAUUUAUCUGUCUCCCUGGAUGUUUUCCCUCAAGGACUAUCCACUUCUUGUCUAGGUACCUAGCAUGGCAAACCCAUGGGAGAGAGUCAUUUAAUGUUGGUUAAAAGAACAAGUAAACAUUCAAGGUGGAGAGCAGCCCAGAACACAUGAUGUUUUGAGGUGGCCCAGUUCCAUCACCUUCAUGAUGAUUUCUAUUACCAUGAGAAAGCUGUCAUGACUGAUUCAUGGUCUCAUCUUAUUUUUAUCUUUCUUGUAGAGAGCAAGAAUGAAGUCAGACUAUAGCAAUACCAUUUUCAAAUCCAAGAACCUGACUCCAUGCAAUCAGUCCCUUCAGAGAGACAUGUACCCCCCCUCAAAACUAGGCCUCACUUUAAAAUACUGUUUUUGAAGAAACACCUUUACAGUGGCUAGAAAAUGGCAGAGAGAGAGAAGCCCAAGUAUGUGCCAUUGAAGGUAAUGAGGUUGAAAGCCAGGCAGAGGGAUUUUUGCAGGCAGGGGUAUGGCUUACCUGGAAGCUUUCGUGGUAUUAGGUACAGCUGAAGGAGAUUUAACUGCAUAAACACCUCCAAGACAAAGCCAGGGUUUACAGGGAAUGAAUAGAGAGCAGCUGUUAGGCAGGACUUUGUGGAGGAGGGUGUCCAGUCUCAGCCCACCCCCACAGCAAAAAAGAAGAUCCAGCCCCAGUGAGCCCAUUGUCCACUUGGCAGCAAGUUUCCCACCCCUGUUCUGGGUGAGACAGAGUUGAGGAGAACAUGAGUGAACUGUUUCAGCAUCACCACUGGCCUCCAAAGCCUGCAGGCACAGACCAGCAACUAUGCUGUUCCAGCUGUAAGGACAGCUGAGGAAAGGGACCUCUCCAGAGGGCAGAGCCAUAUUUGGAAUGGCAUGGCUGAAAACACACUGUUGGUCUACCCUUUCGGGAAGUCGAGGGACAACUUGGAGCAGCCACAGCUGCUGCCACACAUGGCCAGUGACAUGGAAGCCAGUCUUGUGUUUCCAGACGUAACUGUGAAAUGGAAUAGAAGUUUCCAUUCGAGAUGCUCCUGAAAGCUGACAUUUCUGCUUAAGCCCGAGAGUCUGGUAGCCAGCCUUCUAUCGCCAAGGAUGUGUUUGCAUCACCACUGACGUCACUUCCUAAAAGGACCUUCACGUUCUAGCCAUGAAGUCAUAUAGGCUGUUUCUUUUGUGCAGCCUGGAAGAGGGUAUGGCAAGGGUAACACUGGACAUACAUGUCACCAGCUGUCAGUCCCUAAUGCUGUUAAACCUCACACAGGUAGGUGUGGCAGUGUUGAACUGUAGAGUGUCACAUAGCUGAGUUUGAAAAUAAAUGCACAUUUCCAAACCA